CGGACACGUUGGAAAGAGAUCGGGACGCGUUGGGAGGGACGGACACGUUGGAAAGGGAUCGGGACGCGUUGGGAAGUGACGCACAGGGGCAGCUCCAGCAGCCCCCGGUCCGUCCGCGUGCCAGCGCCGCUCCCCCCGCGUGGCAAAGAAUCAGUGCCGGGAGCGUGACUGGAAGAGGAGGGAAAACUCCCAGGGGGAGGGACAGGAGCGCUCCGGGAGAGCUCAUCGGGGAGGAGGAUCGGUUCCCGCCACACACUGGAGUGGAACGAGAGGCUGGGGGAGAGCCGGCGACCACAGCGAGCGGAGCGAGCGGAUCCCGCACCCCCGAGGGCCCCUCUCCGCCCUGGGACGGGGGCCAGGCCGUGCUUCGGGCAGGAUGUCCCCCCCGCCAGGCCGCAGGAGGGGCUUCCCCAGGGAGCCCGGCCCGAGGUGGGAUGGAGCAGGGCCGUGCCCCCCUCACGGCCCCGAGGACGCCUGGGAUGAGCCGCCCUGGAAGCACUGGCGCGGGAGGGGCCGGGGCGGAUGGUGCCGGCCCAGCCCCAUGGCCCCCAGACCCUUCCCUGGCCCUGAUGGAAUCCCUUGGAAUGAGGAGGAGGAGGACAGGAUAUGGGCACCCCAUGACUAUCCCCCACCGCUCUGCUGGGAUGACAGGGAAGAAAUCCAAGGACCUGUGGAUGACUUUGGAGAGGGCUGGCACCCGCCCAGCCCCAGGGUCCCCAGACCCUUCCCUGGCCCUGAUGGAAUCCCUUGGAAUGAGGAGGAGGAGGACAGGAUAUGGGCACCCCAUGACUAUCCCCCACCACCCCCCUGGGAUGACAGGGAAGAAAUCCAAGGACCUGUGGAUGGCUUUGGAGAGGGCUGGCACAUGCGUCACCCCAGGGGUCCCAGACCCUUCCCUGGCCCUGAUGGCAUUCCUUGGAAUGAGGAGGAGGAGGAGGACAGGAUAUGGGCACCCCAUGACUAUCCCCCACCCCCCUGGAAUGGCAGAGGAUACAUCCAAGGACCCGAGGAGGACUUCACACAGGACUGGUUCCCGGAGCUGGAGCCCAGCCCCUGUCCUGAACCACCCCAGGAGGAGGAGCAGCCCCCACCUUGGCCUCCUGCUGGCCCACCCGGGAGGCGAGGAGGGGUCCAUGGCAUGUGGCCCCCCUGGGACUGUCACCGGCCGGGGGGGAGACGCUGCCGACGCCUUCGCAGGAGCCACCGGGAGCUGACCCUGAUCUCAUUUGAGAGGGGUCCCAGACCCCCCAGAGGGCACAAAUCGUCCUCCAGGGCCUCUCCUUCCCUCCCCAAGAAGAGCCAGCCGGCAGCCAGGACAGAGCUGCAGCCCCCCGCUCCUCCCCAGCCACGCACGUCCCCACAAGGUCCUGUGGAGAGGCCGGAACAGACCCAGGACCUGCCAGAGGGCAGUGGGGAGGUCCCCAAGACCCCUGAGCCAGCCAGGACCCCUCCAAGGAGCCCGGCCAGCGAUCCCUGUGCUGCGGGGCCGGAGCAGGCGGCUCCAGGGACACCGGUUGAGCCAGGAGCUGAGCAGACACCUCUGGGCAGCCAGGACCAGGAUCCCUCUGCUUUGGGAACGGAGCCAAUCCCACUGGAGGAGAACUCUGCCAGGGCAGGGGAGCACCUCGAGGUAGAGCCCUGCAGUCCAGCUGUCCCCGAGGCUGGCACAGGGGAUGGGUCACAUCCCCAGAGCCCAGCAGCCCCUCUGGAUCCCGCUGAGAGGGAGCAGCUGGCACCCAGCUGCUCUGGAGAGGCGGGUGCUGAGCUGAGCCCCCGUUCCCGGGGAGAGCAGCGUUUGCCAAGCGGAGCUGGAGAAGCCGAGGCAGAAGCUGCCGGUGAUGGGGUGGGUCUGAGCGCACGGGGCAGCUCUGUGGCGUGUCCCCCUCCCCAGCUUCUCGAGAGCCUUCAGCCACCUGAAGACUCUCAGGUGCCACCAGGACCUGCAGCAGAACCUGAUGCACAGCCCAGCCAGGCUUGUCCUGAUACCUGCACCUCACCAAGGACCUCACCAGGGCCCCAGCACCCUCCUGGCUCCAGUGAGACAAACCCGGCUGGGGACGGACAACAGCAGCUCUGCCUCGGGCUCCCAACACCCUCCCCAUCCCGCAUGGAUCUCCGCUCCGCCGCCAUCCUCGCCAGGAAGGAGGAGAUCGAACUGUCGUACCAGCAGUUCAGCCUGAACAUCGCCGUGGUGGCCACGAUGCUGCUGCAGAAGGAGCCCUCCAUGGAGGCGGCCCUGGGGCUGGCACUCAGGGCCAACCUGCGCCAGGGCUGGAUCCACCACCUCCGGGAGCUGGAGGAUUUCAUCGACAGCUACGACUCGGCCACCUCCGGCCCCUGAGGGGACACCCCCUCCUCCAGCCAGGCUGGGAGUGAUGAGGGGCCAUGCCAGGGCACUGCUGUGCUCAGGUGCUGCUGAGCCUGGGGCUCAGGGUGGCACGGACACGGUGGCAGUCCCACCAUAUCUCCUGGAGGAGGAGGAAGGUGGGGGUAUGCUUAGUUUUAGCCCUGCCCAAACCUCUGUGUGCAGCCAAAGGAGGAGUUGGUGUUACUGGAUGGUGGUGGGAGGGAGGGAGAGCAGCAGCUCCUCUCCUCCAUCCAGGCUCCUCACUCCAUUCCUGGUUCCCAGGGAUGUGCCCACAAACCCCAGGAGUUGUUCUUGGGUUUAAAUCUAAAAAUAAACCCUGUUUUUGUUGCUGCCCUCA